AAAAGCUCAGUGGCCAUCAUCAGGACACACAGAGGGGGUAAAUGAUUCAGAGAGACACACUCCACAUGAGAUCUCAUGAGAAAGGACCCAUGCUAAGUAAUUAGGUAGGAAAGUAACAAAAUAGACAACUUGUUAGUCUUAGGAGACUCAACUGCUACUUUUUCCAAGUCUAGUGAAGUCCUCAAAAAGUCACAAUGAAGCUGAAGUUACCAAACCCAGGACUGGAUGACCGGAUUUUCUCUCAUAAGGAGCUAGAGAGGAUGGAAAAUGAGGAAGCUGGGGACCGGCCCAAGUGGGACAACAAAGCCCAAUAUCUGCUCACCUGUGUGGGAUUCUGUGUUGGACUGGGCAAUGUCUGGAGGUUUCCUUACCUGUGUCAAAGCCAUGGGGGAGGAGCAUUUAUGAUACCAUUCCUUAUCCUGCUGGUCCUGGAGGGAAUCCCACUUCUGCAUCUGGAGUUUGCUAUCGGUCAGCGCCUGAGGAGGGGCAGUGUGGGAGUAUGGAGAUCAAUCAAUCCAUACCUAACAGGAGUUGGUAUUGCAUCCCUGCUCGUAUCUUUUCUGGUGGGCAUGUACUACAACACCAUCAUGGCCUGGAUCAUGUGGUACCUCUUCAAUUCCUUUCAGGAUCCCCUACCUUGGAGCCAGUGUCCCUUAAAUGCCAACAAGACAGGCGUGGUAGCAGAGUGUGCUCGGAGUAGCACUGUUGACUACUUCUGGUACAGAGAGACCCUGAACACGUCAACAGCCAUCGAUGAGUCUGGAGGUCUGCAGUGGUGGAUGGUGCUCUCCCUGGUAGCUGCCUGGACUCUACUCUAUGUUUGCUGCAUCAGAGGAAUCGAGACCACAGGAAAGGCAGUCUACAUCACCUCUACUCUGCCCUACCUGGUCCUCACAAUCUUCCUCAUCAGAGGACUGACACUGAAAGGAUCUGUGGAGGGGAUAAAGUUCCUCUUCACACCACAGGUGGAUGAGUUAAUGAAUCCACAGACUUGGUUGGACGCAGGAGCUCAGGUUUUCUACUCCUUCUCCUUGGCUUUUGGUGGUCUCAUUUCUUUUUCCAGCUACAACUCUAUUCACAACAACUGUGAGCAGGAUGCUGUUCUCAUCUCCAUCAUCAAUGGCUGCACCUCGGUGUACUCUGCAACUGUGAUCUACUCCAUCAUAGGCUUCAGGGCCACACAAAAACAUGAUGACUGCAUGGACGGAAACAUCAUGUCGCUCUUGAAUGCCUUCAACUACCCUGAAAACAGCAUCACAGUAACCAACUACCAAGAGGCUCUAGACCACCUCAAUAUGACAGACCCACAUAUCAUUAGUGGAUUGGACCUUGAGGACUGUGACAUGAAUAAAUUGCUCAGCCAGGGAGUCGAGGGAACAGGUUUGGCCUUCAUCGUGUUCACAGAGGCCAUCAUAAAGAUGCCUGUUUCUCCUCUCUGGGCUGUCCUCUUCUUCGUCAUGCUCUUCUGCCUCGGCCUCUCCACUAUGUUUGGCAAUAUUGAGGGAGUCGUGGUUCCUUUGCAGGACCUCAAAGUGCUUCCCCGCUCAUGGCCCAAAGAAAUUUUCUGCGGUCUAGUUUGCUUCAUAUCUUUUGCACUGGGGCUCAUAUUUGCCCAACGCUCUGGAAACUACUGGCUAGCUCUUUUCGACACCUUUGCUGGCUCUAUCCCUCUUCUGGUCAUUGGAUUUUGUGAAAUGUUUGCUGUUAUCUACAUCUAUGGGAUUGAUAGGUUUAACGAGGACAUCGAGUUUAUGAUCGGACAUAAGCCCAAUAUUUUCUGGCAGGUGACAUGGAGGGUGGUCAGUCCACUCAUAAUGAUCGUCAUCCUGAUUUUCUACUUUGUCACUCAAGUCAGCAAGAACCUUACCUAUUUGGUGUGGGAUGAGGAAGCGGAACAAUUCCCCACUCUUGAACCACGUCCGUUUCCUUCCUGGAUCUAUGUCAUCAUCUUCAUCCUUGCUGGAGUUCCCAGUUUGUCCAUCCCAUUGUUCGCCGUCUACAAAUUCAUCCAGAAGAAAUGCUGCAAGCAGGAUGACGACAGAGAAAGCAGACUUGAAACUAUCUCUGCCAAAGUACAUAUGAGUGAAAAAUGAAGUUUGAAUUCACAUUAACUCUGAACAUUGAAUAACAAAAAGGACUUCUGUUGUUAUUGGUGAAACCUUUAUUAUGACAGGAUGCCCUGUACAAUAUUAGAGAACAUUAUAGUGGCUGUUAACUUGUAAAGUAGAAAUAAAUUAAGUAUUUUCUGUAAAAUAAGGUGGUUCAGGAGUGGAUAGUAAUUUAUAUAUCUGUUCUUAUGACUGUAUUAUUCAAUUCUUACUGUGUCAUAUCAUUUGUAAAAGUAUGUUAUACCUCAAAGAAACAAUUUGACAUUUUGGAAAAUUUGCUUUUUUGCUUUCUAGCCCUGAUGAGAAGAUUUCGACACCAGUCUUAUGUUUGCAUUUAUGUUCAAUUUAAUAAUAAUAAUAAAAAUAACAAUGUCUUUAUUUAUAUUGCACCUUUAAAAACAAAUGUUUAAAAAAAGUAAAUAAAAGGUAUUAAAGGACAAUAAAAAUGUUUUAACAAGAAGACAAUAUCACAACAGAGAAAAUAGAAAAGGAUAGAUUAAGAACAUCAAAUAAUACCUGAAAAAAUAAAUAAUAAAACAAUAAAUAAUCAAAUGAAAUUACAAAUAAUUAAUAUGUUAGAUACAAUAAAAAAAUAAAAAGGGGUUUAAAUAUGAUGUGACGGCCAACAGAAGAUUGGUAUAUUUUAGCAUAAAGACUGGAACAAACAGCUAAACUGUCUGUGUUCAAAGGCAGCAGAGACCUACAAGUCCACAUAGAGUUAACUCAUUAAACCUUUUGAAGGGUUUGUAACUGGUUAUGAAACUGUCUCAUUUUGAUGCCUGUGCCUGACCACCAGUGAGAAGAUGUAUUGCUUCUGUGUAGACCUCUUCAUGCUUGUCAAUGCUGACUACAGUUCAAUUUUCACGACAAUGAAUUACAACACAGUGGCUGAAAAACA